GCGGGUGGUUUCGACUAGCCCUGCCUGUGGCAUAUGGGGUGGGGGAGGAGACUGGGAGCAGCAGCAGAUAGGGUGGGAGACUGGAGCAACCCCUGGUAAGGCACUCCUCUUCACUUGUGGCACUUGCCACAAAGGUGGGCUCCUACUGCUGUGAAAGCGACUGCAGUGCUCGCUGAGACUGGAGACUGCCGGUAAGGCAGGGAAAACCUGGGGCAGGGGGAGCAUUGUAUUUUAUUUCUGUCAGUGACGUGAUGCGAUAGGAGAAAAUUGUGUAGAACUGGAGUGUGGCUGCCUGACCGGCUGCAGCACAUCCGCCUGCUCCUGCUGCUGCUUCUUGGGGUGCAGUAAGGUUGGCUGAAGAGGCAAUACCUGGUUUGCUAAAGCACUGUGGGAUUGCUGGGGCUAUAGGAUGAUUUUUUAAAGGGAAAUUAGUAUCACGCUUUUGGAUUUGGACCUAUUUUAUAUGAUGCUUUCUGUAGCUUCAUCACUUGCAACUUGCCUAGGAAGUGAAUGAAAGAAUUGGGUAAUAAGGGGUAUAAGCUGCUUUAGUAACAAGCUCUUCAUUACCUGUUGAAAGGAACAGGUGCUUGCCUACAAAAGUAUGAGGUGCAGUCCCAUCAUGUUGGCUACUUUAAAACUGACCACUUAAAUCAGCCAAGAAUAUCAGUGUCUGCCAGUCAUGGGUUGAAACUGGCUUGUGUGAAGCCAGGACAUGCUUUAUUUAGUUGUCAACCAAAAAAAACUCUAAAGCAGAAGAAAAUGUGGCAUAGCCAUGGCCUGGAAUUUGCAUCCUUUUCAUAGAAUAAAACAGUUUAUAUCUUCAGACUUUAUACUCUUGGACUUUAAGUACACAGGUAUAAUUACUCUUUCCUUUUCUCUAGAUUUUGACUUCUAACACACAAACAUAGCUUUUGCACUUAAAUUAAUUUGUGGGUUUUUCAUAUCAUUUGAAGAAUAAAUCUUUAACUGCCCCCACAAAUAAUGGUUGGUGUUCAAGCCUGAACUGCAGUGGUGUUAAAAAAGCUGAGAUAUUAAGAUCUAGCUAUAACUGGAAAACUGCUGUUUUGUGAUCUACUAAAAAAUUGAAUACUCCAGUGUAAGUGUACAAAGGCUUUGACUAGAAAAACUUGCCCUCAGUAGCUGGAAAAGGGCUUUGAGAGGACCCUGUCGCUUAGCCAAGGCUCAUGACCGGUAGAUAUACUGCUGUCCCUGGGGCAGGUAUGCCCAGCCUGCGGUACAAGCACAGCAUGGCAGGUGGCUUCAACUAGCCCUGCCUGUGGCAUUUUGGGGGUGGGGAGGAGACUGGGAGCGGCAGCAGAUAGGAUGGGAAACUGGAGCAACCCCUGGUAAGGCACUCCUCUUCAUUUGUGGCACCUGCCACAAAGGUGGUCUUUCCCUGUAAUGAGGAGCGGGGGUUUAACUGCUUGUUUUUGCUUAAGAAUUGACAGAGAAAACAGUAAUACAAAUUUAAUCCUAACUUCCCCUGUUAGCUGCUCGCCACCAGAAUGAGACUUGUAAUUCUUGACGAUUAUGACCAGGCUAGUGAAUGGGCUGCAAAAUACAUUUGUAACCGUAUUAUCCAGUUCAAGCCAAGUGAAGGAAAAUAUUUUACGCUUGGUCUACCAACAGGGAGUACACCACUGGGAUGCUACAAAAAGCUGAUAGAAUAUCACAAGAACGGAGAUCUCUCCUUCAAAUAUGUAAAGACUUUCAACAUGGAUGAAUAUGUCGGGCUUCCCAGAAAUCAUCCUGAGAGUUACCACUCCUAUAUGUGGAAUAAUUUCUUUAAGCAUAUUGAUAUAGACCCUAAUAACGCUCAUAUCCUGGAUGGGAAUGCUCUGGACUUGCAAGCAGAGUGUGAUGCAUUUGAAAAGAAAAUUGAAGAGGCUGGGGGAAUCGAACUGUUUGUUGGAGGCAUUGGUCCAGAUGGUCACAUUGCUUUCAAUGAACCAGGAUCAAGUCUGUCUUCGAGAACAAGAUUAAAAACUUUAGCGAUGGACACCAUUUUGGCAAAUGCUAAGUAUUUUGAUGGAGAUUUAUCUAAAGUACCAACUAUGGCAUUAACAGUCGGUGUGGGUACAGUGAUGGAUGCUAGAGAAGUAAUGAUUCUCAUAACAGGUGCACACAAAGCUUUUGCCUUGUAUAAGGCAAUUGAAGAAGGGGUCAAUCAUAUGUGGACAGUUUCUGCUUUCCAGCAGCACCCUCGCACUAUCUUCGUAUGUGAUGAAGAUGCUACUUUAGAACUAAGAGUUAAAACCGUGAAAUAUUUUAAAGUCUUUGAUAAACUCUCUUCUCACCAAACCUGUUUGAUUUCCAAGUCACAGUGGAUUCAGAAGCUAAAGACCAGUGAAGGGCUGUAUAUCAAACCCUAUAUUGAAAAGAUCAUUCCUGAAGGCAGCUGAAUGGUGAAGUACUCUGUCCUAUAUUAAUGUAUGUUACCAGCAUCUAUAAAACUAUUUUUGAUUCGCUGGCUGAGGCCGUCCAGUUCAUCAACUCACUUGUGUACAACAGUUGCAAGUUCCUCAACAGUGUUUCCAUUUAAAAGAAAAUCCAUUUUGACAAGGUCUGCAGCCUGGUAUCCUGCAUCUUCAUAAUCAAAACUACACAGAGAAAAAGUUUAAAAGUUAGCAACACUUGUGAUGAAUCCUGUGAUCCCGGUGUUAAAAGUUUGUUUUCUAUACCAUUUUAAUAAAAAGACACUUGGAUUUUUGUUAAAAUACA